ACAGCGAGUGACGAGAUCGCAGAGGGGUUCCUAUAAAAUGCACACCGCGCUCCCAGCCUCUCCAUCUCACUCCCAAAGCUCGGAGUUCAAACCGAGAAAAAGCUUAGCUUGAUCUCCAAUGGCGCCGACCACGCAGAUCUCGGCCAACAAUUCUAGGUAUUCAUCACAGACUCAGAGCUCAGCCGGAAAGUCUGAUUCGCAUGUCAAUAAGCAAAAGACUUCAAUUAGAGGCAUAGUUGCAGAGCUCCUUUCCUGCGUCAACCCCGACAAACCCUUGGUCUCACUCGGAGUCGGCGACGCUUCCGUGUACCCUUGCUUCCAUCGGGGCCAGGACGCCAUUAAAAUCCUCUCGGAUUCCAAUUCAUCCGGUGAGUUCAUCAGCUACGCCCCUUCCUUCGGCCUUCCUAGUGUUCGCAGGGCCGUGGCAGAGUACUUGUCAUGGGAAGUGCGGCAAGGUAUAAAGGAAGAGGACGUGUACCUAAUGGUGGGCGGCACACAGGCAAUUCAGGUGUGCACCGCGGUGUUGGCCACCGGGCGUGGCGCCAAUCUGCUCAUCCCGCGCCCUGGUUUCCCACUGUACGAGGCUAAGUGCUACCUCAGUGGCAUUGAACCUCGCUUCUAUGAUCUUCUCCCUGAAAAGAACUGGGAGCUGGACCCUUCUCAGCUCCGAGCUCUCGCUGACCACAACACUGUUGGCAUCGUCCUCAUCUCCCCUAACAACCCCUGCGGCGUCGCCUACUCCUCCUCCCACCUCCUUCAAAUUGCUGAAACUGCAAGAGACUUGAAUAUACCGAUUAUAGCAGAUGAAGUAUAUGGGCAUAUGGUAUUUGGAGGUGGUAAGUUUGUACCGAUGGCCUCUUUUGCUCAUAUUGCACCUGUGAUCACCAUUGGUUCCUUGUCAAAGCGCUGGAUGGUUCCUGGUUGGCGCAUCGGAUGGUUAGCCUUUGUUGAUCCUUAUGGAUCUCUCAAACAGGUCAAGAUGGCAACUGAGACGCUUAUGAAUAUAUUUUGUGGUCCACCUUGCACAAUCCAGGCGGCAGUUCCUAGUAUGUUAUCAGCUUCUAGUGAAGAGUUCAAUAACAAUGUCAUGAAUAUAUUAGAGUCCUCAGCAAACACUUUGUUUACCAAAAUAGAACAAAUUGAAGCUCUCAAUGGUUAUUCAAGGCCUCAAGCCUCCAUGUUUAUGAUGGUUGAAGUGAAAACAGACCUUCUUGAUGGGAUCGAAAAUGAUAUGGACUUUGCCCGGGCCUUGAUGAAAGAGGAAUCCGUGCUGGUUCUUCCAGGUAGUGUCCUGGGAUUAAAGAAUUGGGUGAGGAUAUUCUUUGGAGUACCCACUGAGCUAGCAAGAGAAGCUGGUGAGAGAAUUGCAUCCUUCUGCAAGAGGAGAUUGCUGGUAAACUAGAGUUUAAAUGGGGAUACAAAGCACAUAUGGAUCAUAUGUAUGUCUCAUAUCCAAAUUAAUUUAUUCAGAAUAAUUAUAUUGAGUGUACCCCAGUACUGCUUCUUGAACUAUUAUUCUUAAAUAAGAAAGUUAAGUUAUUGAAGUGCA